CUGUUGCGAAACUCCGCUCUGCCUCUGUGUUAAGUGUUUUUGUUAAAGCUUUUGAUUCAAAUUUUACUUCAUUGGUAUGAAUCCAAGAUUCUCAGGACGAGUGGAUACUGCAGUCCUCCCUUAGUGUAUGUGGGUUAGCGUGAUUGUGAAUACCCAUAUUUAAGAUUUUUUUCGAGGCCAAAAGUAUUUAUUUUUCUGAAAAAGCAUGCUAUUUGGUUCAUCAUCGCUUGUGUAUGGGCAAGAACAAUUUCGUCUCGGCAUAUAAAGAUGUCAUCAUGGUCUUCCAAAAAUUACUGCACGUAAGAUUUUUUGCCAACUUCCGAAAAAGGCAGCAGCCUUGAAUUCACGUCAAAUAGCAGUGAGCGAAAUUUGCAUCUUCAACCCAUGAUGUACAGUCCAGUUGAUUGAGAAAAACAAGGUCGCUCAAGACUAUCCUAUCGUAUGUUUCGGCUAAGUUUCUCCGUUGUCUCCGCUGUGAUAUGAAUUUUGACGACACAGCACAGGUGUCAAUAAACUACCACAGGGAUAACUGCCACAGGGAAGCUCUUAGGGAUAAUGCGAUGCAACUAGAAGUCUACAUAAUAGCUCCACCUAGUUUUAUGGACUCUAUUGGCUGACACGUACGACAGAUCGAUCCUGGCAACAUUGCUUUUUGAUGAGGACGCUAAAGAAGCUUAACUGGAGAAAAGUGACAAAAUCUGCCCUUCGGAUGAUGCUCUAAUCAAAACAAUUGCACCAAUUCUUUGAAAACUAUUACCAGUAGCACCUGAAGAGACUGAUAGUGAUCUUGAAACUCGAUAACAGCGUGACAUUAGUCGGAUAACAGGAAUAUCACUCAAGCUGCCGAAUUUGAAUAUACCGAAUUUCAACGAAAGGUUUGAUCAAUGGACAAUUUGAAACAAGUGUAGGCACAAACUCAAGUUUUUCAGAGUCACAGAAGCUGCAAUAUCUGAUGGCCCUGCUUUAAUUUGAACUUGCUCAUUUACUUUCGCAUUUGCUGAAUAUGAAUGGAAUUUAUUGAGCUGCCAUCGAACUUUUGAAGGAUCGCUAUGCCAACAAACGAAUGAUUUCUCGUGCAUUAAAAGCAAUUUUUAAAUACCUCAAGAUGGAUCUGAUUUGGGUUCAUAUCUUGAACAAGAAGCUGGAUUCAGAGUCAAAAGGACGAUGCGAUCUUUCCUGUGUACGAUACCUGCCCACGAUAAAAACCUGACCUGCCACGAUAAAAACAGAUUAAUAAACUCUUCGAGGAAUGAUCAGUUGAGCUUUGAGCCACAGAAGAGACUCAGGAUGCCAAAGUACAGACAUACCACUCAAAGAUUGCAACAAAAAUUAAAUGAUCACCCAUGCUGUUAGUGAUGAUCACCGCGCCUUUAAAUAACCAACAUUUUUAGAAAUUUCAAUCUCUGAUCUAAGACAAGAAGCAAAAUGAAAGUGAUAAUGCUUCAAUUGCUUGUCCGUCGGGCACCAAAGUCGACAGCGAUUGUAAGUCAAAAUGUACGGGCCCAGUUUGCAGAAGGCUAAUCAUAGAAACGCAAAGCUACUCUACAAACUGAGAGCCAGAGAAGAUCUUUUUCAAAAAACUGAAUUGUUGCUAAAAAGUUUAUUCUUUGUUUAGAACAUGAAAUAAAUGUCAAAUUCUCGCUAAGGCAUCAGAGUGUUCAAGCGCCCAAACUACUGGUUGUUAGCGUUUUUGUCAGACCAGCUUGAUAAUUUGGUAAGAGUUGAUGUUGUUAGACUUAAACAUAUUUGUCAAAAUGUGCUAUCGACAAAAAACUUCAAUGCUAAUCUAAAGAAACCGAUUCCAGUCGCACUCAGCAAGCAGUAAUAUCAUGAACAUACCCAUCAUGGUGAGGGGCAGUCAGUUCUGAAGAUUAUGUGAAGAACUUGGAUUAGCAUAAGCAGAGGGAGAAGCCUUGGCCGGCUUCAAACGCUCCAUAACCGAAAAGCGGAGACUUCGGAGCUUCCACCGACCCAUGGGAGAGGGACUUGAAGGCGGCGUCGUUUGAUCCAUACACAUCUUCCCAUUACACAACACUCGUUACGCAUCUUCCCAUUACACAACACUCGUUACACAUCUUCCCAACUUCACUCCCUACUCAUGAAUCAGACAGCAAAAGACAAGAGAAAUAAAUAGCGUAAAUUAUUCACAAAGUUCAUUACCGAACUGGUGAGAAGUUUCUGAAAACCGGUACGCUCCCUAAUUGGAUCCAGGCCUGUGGUAGGUAGGUACCCCAAAAAGUUUGGCUCCAAUUCUAUAAACUCGAAUACUGAUAUAGCAAAAGCGUUUAAUCAGCAAUUUACAAAUGCAAGUAAUCAUGUCUCCGACAAGUUGUGGAGGAAAACUAUUUGCAAAAUUGCCAAAUUUUCUUUGGCUGAUAACCCAACUUUCUCCCCUCAGCAAACUAAACAAGCCAUUGAGGGUAACAAACACUCAGGAGCAUUCGAUCGUGAUGGACUUUGUAAUGUCCACUCAAACACCUCGGACCUUAUGCACUUGAUUACUUGAUUUAAUUGUUCAACCGUUCGCUGUCUGAUAAGAUUAUCCCCCGAAACGGAAAAAUUCCAAGGUAAAACCCCUGCCCAAAGCCGAAAAGGACCAUCAAAUUUCCACGUCGUACAGGCCUAUUUCACAACUGUGCCCCGCUGUCAAAAAAUUUUUGAGUCUCUUCCGCCCCUUUUUAACUAAGCUCCACCCGAAUGCCACAUCGACACGGAUACCACCCAUUCCAUUCCACAUCCGCACUCUCCACCCUUCAUUUUUUUUUAUUACUGAUGGUUUUAACCAAAAUUGCCCUCCCUUACGUACUUUUCUAGCCACACUUGACCUUCAAAGGCAUUUGAUAUGAUAUGUCAUAGGACACAAGUGGAAUUCAUUCAUGACACACCGCUGCCAAGAGGUGUAGUUCGCUGUUUGAGCAACUAUCUAUGUGGCCGACAAGCCACCACUAAUUUUAACAACCAAAAAUCCCCCCAAAGAAUUGUUCACUGUGGAGUUCCCCUGGUCUUUGUUUUAUCACCGACUCAUUUUAAUUAUUACGUCAAUUUCGCCCACCCCCGAAAUUGUUCGCUGCACCUCAUACGCUGAUGAUUUCCGCCCCUUUUCCCAAAGCCCCGAUGUUGAGGCUGCAUUAAGCUAACUAAAUGGUUAUCUGCGCCACCUUUUUAUUUUUUUCAACUCCCAUAAGCUAGCAUUCGCGUCCUCGGAAGGGGCAGUUACCUUGCUUUCGUCUUACAUAGGUUUUAACAAAGUUCCAAAUGUCUUUUUUAAUCAACGAACCUCCGACUAAAGGAUGCUAUGAUGGUAGAUUUCUGGAAGUUAGAAAAUCAGACUACCUCAUGACAUCUCCAAAUACGAUAAAAGAUUGUACGAUUAAUGGCCGGGAUAUAAUUGCCCAUUACUUCUAGCUGAUGAACGGACCAUAUCAGUUUAAACUCAAUUGUAUUAGAAAUGGCCUUUCUUGCACUAAUGGAGAAGGUAAAAACUGGAUUCGGAGAACUCACGCGACGUGUUUUUCAAACCUCACGCUCAAUCUUGGAAUACAAAGUUUCACCCAAUUUUUUUGGUAUUAAUCUAAAUAGUAUAAUAAGCCUGAUAACAAAUUUCUUAACAUUAGUUUGUUGUCCUAGAACUGGGAAUAUGCCUCCAAGUACUGAUUUUGCCUCUAAGUCUGCUAAAAUUGUGAGAAAAAAUUUAUCAAAACAUAGUUCGCAUACUUCUGCUGAUUAAACAUGGCACGAAAAUUUCGAUUUUGUUUGAGUUAUGUACUCAAAAUAAUUCAAGCUGAUCUUAACUGCAUUUAUUUUCUAAAAAUUGAUAGCUAAUGGUUUUUAUCAGCAGUCGCUAUCGGAUACAUUUGAUAAUCUGCGCUGGCCAACAUUGCAGUGAGUGUUAUCGGCAUUUUUUAAUUGUCCAGUUUAUCGAGAAGAACUGAGUGCGCAAUUCAUCGUAGGGCAUGAAGCAAAUCCUGACAGCGUUGUAGAGAGUCAAAAUUGUACGGCAGGUGCACAUUUUUUUCCUGCCAAAACUUUAAAAAAAAACAUUUUUCUGCCGAGGAGAAAGACUACGCAGAAACCUCACGGCAUCAGUGAACCCCAGCUCCUAAUCAUUGCCGCCACAAAACCCCUCUAGCUGGCCGCCGAUUUUCAAAGUUGGUGUUACCAACCUUAACUUCAAAACCAUCCAGCAAAGACCGAACUUCCAACCAUCCAGCAAAGAAGUAUUUCAUGACAACAAGUGCAAAUCACCAUCACUCAAAGAUAUGAUACAACUCGUUCUGGCCAAAUGUGGCAAUCAAGAAGUUGUGACACCGGCAACAGCCUCCCACUAGGGGUUUCGCGACAGUGUCGAGCAACCUCUUGACAAAACAUCACUCCCCAGGAUCCAUCUUUGCCAAGGUCAUCAAUGCGUUGAAGUCUCCUAAGAUCCGACGAAACACACAAACGUUAAUAAAUACUGAUUACUUUCAAUGAGAACAAGACUUUAAUUUGUCACUCACCUCUUCAGCAAGAGGCAGCCACGUUGAUGAUCUUCGCAUCCUUCCUCGACUGCUCCCCUCUGGAUACUAUCUCAAAGAAGCCCCGCAAUUCCUCCCGGUUGUCAGCGCCUUUUCUGCCUGGUUUCUUGACUUCGCCGUCGGGGUUCUCGUCGUCUCCCUCUCCAGCUUUCUACUUCCUUCGUUUGGAAGAAUGAGAGAGUAUGGAUAGCAGUACCCCCGACAUUUUGUAAUCUGAAAAUUGAAGAAGCUUUAAAAGGAGCGGGGUAUUUAAGCAGAAAUAGCUUUCGUUAGCUCAAGCUAAGAUUAAACUUAACCUUUAGAUUUCGAGGUUUUUACACAGAGAUUGCUUCAAUUUGAUAAUUGAUAAUCUUUCCCAAAUCAGUCACCAGUUUUACCUCUUUGAAGAAACUAGCACAACCCAUCGAAUCCAAGACAUCGAGCCAACGACAGUUCAAUGAGCUGCAAACUUGAGACGAACGCGAAAAGAAAAGAUCGAAAUAUUUAUGACCUUAAGAGGCGAGGCUUUUUUGAUAUAUAAAAAAACAGUUCCUGUUGAAAUAUGACAGCUAAAUCACAUUAUACUCACGCAAACAAGAAAAAAAAUGAUCACCAAAAAGUUCACGCAGUUAGUGCAUAGCAUAAAAUUCGUCGCACUAUAAUUCAUCCAAUACUAGCCACACGUAGGGGUUUAGGACUAAGAGGAUUUUCACAAAACUUUCGAAAAUUUUGUCGACCUUUUAUUAGGGUCGAACAGAACCUGUUUUUUUUAGGUCGAACAGAUUGAUUUUCGGAGCUCUCCCUAAACACUAAAAAUACCUUGUUUUGGCCGAAUGUUUUGCACCGCAGGCGAAGUGUUAAAAAAAAAAACAGGUCGUAAAAGGCGUUUUUUGUGCUUUAUUUUGGAAUGCGUUUUUUGGCGCGCGCUUCCCCCUCAAAAUAAGUAUGUAUUGGCGCCAACGAGGACUUUAGAAAAGUUUUAGGGUUCGUCAGCGAAAAAUUGACAUCUCAACAUUGUAUAAAAAGGGGACCCUUAGGGUCGGCUGGGGGGCGAAGUCCUGAGGGGGGUCGUCCUCCCCCUAAAUCCGCUACUGGGUCCAAGAGAGGCGGCAGUUUGUAUUAAUUUUUAGUAUUAAACUUAAAUUAUUGAAUUUGUCAUAACAGAAAGUGUGAUUUCAGAUUUUCAGUUUUCCUUGAGCUCGGAAAAGAAACGAGGAUCAACUCCAAUGAUUGGUUUGUUGCGCCCAAUUUGAAUAAACUGACUCUGUAUUGAACCAGUUUUAGCACAUUCGCUCUGUUUGUUAUUAAUUAAUUAAACGAAACAUGGAGCAAACAGAAGCACCGCCUGGUGAAGAAGCUCUUUCUUCAGCCGCUAAAAUCUCACCCAGUUUAGCAGCAUAUGCUGCUAUGGCAACGCCUCCUCCCCCGCCGCCCGAAAAUAUUGGUGGUUCAGCUGCCGCUCCUCCCCCGCCCCCACCGCCACCUGGAGAUCCUGCUCAUCAUGCUGCGAAUAGCAUUCCGCCAAGUACUAAUGUACAUGCACCCAACCAAUUCUAUGACCCUAAUUCAGCAGCAUACCCCGGAGGUAUGUACUACGGAGCGCAAGGACCUUUCCAACCGCAACAACCUCAGCAUCAUGCUGGUGCUGCUACUCCGACAAACCAAAGCUACUGGGGUCAGCAGAAUGCGACUCAGGGCUACCCUCAACAACAAGCACCUCCGAUGCACCCAACACAUCAGCAAGCGAAUGCGGCUUAUAUGGGGUAUCAGGGACAGCAGCAGCCAAGUUCAUAUGCUGCGAUGGCGGGCGGGGGACAGGCCUAUCCUGGAUAUGGACCAGCUCCAAAAGGCCCAUACGACGCACAAUCUGGAUACAGACCCUACGGGCAACCACCACAUCACCAGCAGAAUUACGGUAACCAGCCUCGCUACCCAUUGAACAGCUACGACAACAGAGCCAGUAUGCCCUACCAUCAACCGGCACCAGCCGGUCCAGGUAACUAUAAUCAUCCUAACGAGGCUUCGAACCCACUGAUGCAACCUCAAAGAGGUCCGCCAAGCAUUCCGGCGCAGGGAGGGGGAUUUAACAACAGUUAUAGGCCACCCUUUGGCAAUCAGUACAGACCUCGAUAUCCUCAAAACCAAAACUAUCAAAAUAAUUUCACCGCGCCAAGUUACAACGCCAAUAAUGCUCCGAGGCAUGAUGGUUCUCCGAACAAGAUGCAUGGUACAACUGGUGGUAGUAAUUCCUAUGAUCCGCCAAAGAUUUCUCCGACAACAGCAAAGGCUAAAGUUGCAGGGAGCUCGUCCCCAUCAAAGAAAACGCCCCCACCGUCGGAAUGGCCAGAAGGAUUACAGGCUUAUGUGCAACGCUCGUUUAAGGCAUGUGUGUCUGAAAGAGCAAAAGAUGAAACGGAAAAGCAGUUAAAAGUUUUCAUUCCCAAAAUUUUUGACGAGGGAUCUGUGCACACCAUUAACUGGGAAAAACAUCCUUUGAUGGACUGUGUUAGACUGCUAUCUCCUCCAAGCAUACGAGCUAGAAGCUCGUCGAGAAGCGGUAGAAGCAGAAGUCCCGAUGAUCGUCGCGAUGACAGAUCUAAACGACGAGGUGGUGGGGAUAGGUCACAUCGGUCGCCUCAUAGUGAUAGCCGAUCAUCAAGUAGGCGAGGUGACCGAGAUAGAGAUCGUGACAGGAGGAGAUCACGUGAUAGGGACUCCAGGCGCUACAAUAGUGGCAGUAAUAAGAGGCAAAACAGGAGUGACAGUGAAUCAAGUCGAGACUCAAGGCGCAGCUCUGACGAUGAAGUGAUGAAGGCGGGAAAUAGAAGUAAAAGACGUUAUGAACCAUCUUCUAGUUCAAGAGAUGAUUAUGAUAAGCGAAACAGAAAUGAUUUUGAAGGUCGUGGUGGAGGAGGCAAGAGGAAAGGCGGAGGCAAGUACACUGACAGAGACCAUCCAGAUGCUGAUCAAGAUGACGACAACGUUGUUCCGAAAGGCGAAGAUGUCCGCUCCCGACUCAAUCAACGAGCGGGUAGAGGCAGAGGCAAUAAAGAUUCUUUGAACGGCGACGUUCCAAAUGACGUGCAGUUUGGUGGCAACCGAGGACGAGGGAAAGGACGUGGUGGAAGGGGAAGAGGUCACAACAAUAGCAACAGCUGGCAAUCCCAAGAUGGACCAGGCGCAGAUGAUGACGAAACGUCAACUCCGAAACAGUUUAAUUCUGGCAAUAAAGGCCGAGGACGCGGUCGUAACUUCAAACCAGAUACCUCAAUUGCUAAAAACAUGGAAGCGUUAGACGAAAAUGAUCCGAGGCUGAAAGCGAGAGCUGCAAGGUUCCAACUGGGAGAUGAAUCGGGAAAUAGUUCGACACCUGUUGUUCCUGUUUUGGGACCCGGAUCAUCACAAGUUAACAGUUCUCCUUUCCCGAUGAAGAUGACAGACUUCAAUGAUGGCAGUAAUGGAGGCGAUUUUGAGUUUGCUUCGGGAAAUGCAAUUGUAGGCACGUGCCAGAAGAUCACGAAGAACUACUUGAGGUUGACAGAGGCGCCUGAUCCGAGCUCGGUGCGACCUGAGUAUAUUCUGAAGAAAUCACUGGAGUACAUUAAAGACCAUUGGAAGAAAAACAAGGAUUACAUGUACGUGUGCGAUCAGCUUCGAUCCGUGAGACAAGAUUUGACAGUGCAAUGCAUCCGGAAUGACUUCACUGUCACUGUGUACGAGACCCAUGCACGUGUGGCGAUUGAACAGGGCGACUACCAGGAGAUGAACCAGUGCCAGACCCAACUGAAGGCCCUGUACGACGAUGGACUCCCAGGAGCAUGUUGGGAAUUCACAGCUUACAGACUCCAUUACUACAUCUUCACGAACGCCCCCAAUGACUGCAUACACUACAUGCGAACACUCACCGAAGAGGGGAAGGCUUUUGAAGUGGUCGAUCACGCCGUGAAAGUGUUCAAGUAUUGGUCGCAUGGCGACUAUGUGGGCUUCUUCAAACAUUACAAAAACGCUCCAUUAAUGAGUGGUUAUAUGAUGGACUUGGUAAUCGAACGAGAGCGGAAGAAAGCACUGAAAAUCAUCUGCAAAGUGUAUAGACCAAUGAUUGACAUUCAAUACUUAACUAAUAUCCUAGCAUUUGAAGACUAUGAUUCAUGUGUUGCUUUUUUGGUCGCACAAGGAUACACGCUUGACAAUAAAAAUCUAGAUUGUAGAAAAGCACCAAACCCUUAACAGUCAUAUUUUCCCUAAUUCAUUUGCUCCAGUUUAGGGCUUGGACUUUUCCAAAUCGUUUUGUUUUAUUUUGAUUCGAAAUUGUCUCUUUUUGUCGAUGUUUAAUAUUUAUUACUACUUGCGCAGCUGUGAAAAUCCACAAUUGUAGAAAAAAGUAGUAAC